GGCGGGAAUGAAAUGAAAGUGCACCUACAACACUGGUUUUGCUUCUUUUCUUUUCUUUUUUUUUCAUUGCUCUAAUAACUAUACAACUCAAAACAGUAGCACAAUACCAUGCCACAUGCCCCUAGUUUUCAAACCAUGAUAUUCUCUCUCUCUCUAGCUAUUAAUAUAAACUAUCAUCUUUAAUUACUUCCUAGACUUCUCAUCCUCAUGCACUUUUGCACUGUUAUUUAUUGCUAAACUAAAUAUCAAUAUCAAUUAUCUUCUUCCUCUUUAAGUCAAACCAUAACUAUUCCAUUUCUUUCCACCCCACAGUUUCUGAAUUCUGGGUGUUGAGUUUCAUUUUCUCCAUUUUUUUUUCUCUCCCUUGGAUGUGUUAUUUUCAAUCCAAAAGACCAUGCAAAAAACUAUAUUUGAGAAUCUGAAAGAGUGACUAGGUGGUCUAUCUGAUCUUGUGAAGUUUGUGUUUGUGUGAAAGGUGUGAGGCUUAUUAUUCAGAAGAGUUUGUGUUUGUUCACAUAAUUGAUUGUGGUGUGGUGUGUGUCGGUGGCAAUGGAGGCAAGUUUGGUGGAGAGGGGUAGAGAGAGAGCUGGACAUGUUAACAAGGUUGGUUAUGUUAGAAGGGUCAUUGCAAAGAAGAAGAAACAGCUUUAUCGAAGGGUUAGGAGACCUGAGUUGAGUGUUUCAAAGACACUUCACCAAUUAUUUGAUUCAUGCAGAGAAGCUUUCAAAGGCCCUGGCACUGUUCCUUCACCACAAGAUGUUCAGAGAUUGACUCACAUACUUGAUAACAUGAAGCCAGAAGAUGUGGGGCUAAGUAGAGAUCUGCAGUUCUUCAAGCCUGGAAAUAUUGUCAAAGAGAACCAAAGGGUCACUUAUACAACCGUGUACAAGUGUGACAAUUUCUCACUCUGCAUCUUUUUCAUACCUGAAGGAGGAGUCAUUCCUCUCCACAACCACCCGGACAUGACUGUUUUCAGCAAGCUUUUAUUAGGACUAAUGCACAUUAAGUCCUAUGAUUGGGUUGACCCUGAGGCCUCUGAUGAUAACAUGUUGCAACCACAAUCUCAAUUGAGAUUGGCAAGGUUAAAAGUUGAUAAGGUGUUCACAUCUUCAUGUGGCACUUCUGUCCUGUAUCCAACAACAGGAGGCAACAUCCAUGAAUUCACAGCCAUAACCCCAUGUGCUGUGCUUGAUGUCAUUGGCCCUCCUUAUUCCAAAGAAGAUGGCAGGGACUGUUCCUACUACAGAGAUUACCCUUAUACUUGUUUUCCUAACCAAAGGAUUAUUGGUGAGGCAAAAGAGGAAAAUGAUAGUUACACGUGGCUGGAAGAAAUUGAGAUGCCAGAGAACUCUGAAAUGAAUGGCGUUGAGUACCUGGGUCCAACACCCUCUUAGUGUAUGUUUGGGAAUCACUUGAAUCCAACUCCAAUGGUCUUUCAAUGAAAGCUACAAUAUGGUUGCUUUGAAAUUUUUACAUUGGAACGUGUAAUUUCUCCGUGAUUUUAAUGUUAAUUCAAACGCACCCUUAGUAUUAACAUCUUACCGUGUACUUCUAACGCUACGGAUCAUACACAGAAUCUUCUGUCGCUUUCCCUUUGUGUCCACAUUCAAGGAAUGUGUGCUGCACGUGUUGACUUUUGUUCUUUUAUGUUAAAUGUUUCGCACAGUUGGGAGUUUAUGAUUCA